AUGUACCCAGAAUCGAGAUCGCCACAACUGGAAUACUUGACCAUCUUACCAACCAUGUCAUCCAAAACCCCCCUCGACAUCGUCUUCGGCUGCAUGACCUUCGGCCGCGAAGGCGAAGAACAAGUCCGCACCUCGGAUAUAAACGACUGCGCAGCUAUCCUCGAUACCUUCCAAUCUUACGGCCACAACGAGGUCGACACGAGUCGUUUCUAUGGCGACGGCACAUCCGAAGAAUACCUUGCCAAACUUUCCUGGCAGAAGCGCGGUCUAGUGAUGGAUACGAAGUUCUUCCCCAACGUCCAUGGGCUUUUCGGCCGUACGCCUACUCACUCUAGGAAGGAGGAUAUGGGCAAGAGUUUGGAGGAGAGUCUCACUGCGCUUGGAGCCGAAGGCGUGGAUUUGUGGUAUCUGCAUGCGCCGGAUCGGAGUGUGCCGCUUGAGGAGACGGCGAGGGCGGUGCAUGAGCUGUUUGAGGAGGGGAGUGGGAAUGGCAAGGAGGGGAGGAAGUUUAAGAGGUGGGGUGUUAGUAAUUUUAUGGCUUGGGAGGUCGCAGCCAUCUGCGAGAUUUGCAAAGCAAACGGAUACCAGUUACCGAGCGUAUACCAAGGCGUAUACAACGCACUCCACCGCAGCAUCGAACACGAACUUCUCCCUUGCCUGCGCAAAUACAACAUGUCGUUCUACGCGUUCAAUCCGUUGGCGGGCGGGUGGUUGACCUCACGGUAUAAGCGCGAGACGCAGAAUGAAGCUCUGGAGGCUGGGAGCCGGUUUGAUGCGAACCGUAUGCAAGGCAAAAUGUACCGCGCGCGCUACUGGAACGACGAGUUCUUUACUGCGCUUGAGGGCCUGCGGUCUGAAUUACCUGAAGGGCAGACGGAGAGUGAGACGGCGCUUCGGUGGAUGAUGCAUCAUAGUCAGCUCAAGAAAGAGUUUGGGGAUAAGGUUAUCAUUGGGGCGAGUAGCAAGGAGCAGUUGGAGAUGAAUCUCAGAGACUUUGAGAAGGGGCCGUUGGAUGAGAAGGUUGUGAAGGCGCUGGAUCAGGGGUUGGAGGUCGAGGUCGAGGUUGAGGAGGUGAAAUGCGGUGGAAUAUGGGGGACAGCUCGCACACCAAACAUGCCAUCACCAUCCCGCCUCCAAACCUCCAUCGAGGACGCCACCACCAACACCAUCAACGCCACUAUUGCGAAGAGACAGACACGAGAAGCCGAAGCCGAGGCCAACACCGCGACACAUGCCCAAGCACAAGCUGCGCGGAACGCUCAAGCACAAGCUGCGAUAGCGGCUCAAGCUCACGCUUAUGCCCAAGCUCAAUCCCAACUCGCAGACCAAGCAGCAGAACAGGCCGUAGCUGCAACUGCAGUCGCCAUAGCAGCAGCCCAGCGGGCGCGAGAAAUCCGAGAAGAAUUCCAGUACACCAUGCGAACCAUGCGGCGGCACGCACUCGGAUUGACCAGUGAUGUAGAGAGAGAGAUACGGGGACGAGAAGAGACCUGGAAUGCGUUCCAAGCUCUAGUUCGGCGACUUGAAGACCAGCGUGGACACCGCGGUGAGACAAGGGGUGAAGAGCAAGAGCCUCGUCCUUCGCCUCCACCCGCUGCGGAAGAGUACCACCAUUGCGACUUUGACCAUUGCAAUGGUCUUUGUACGUAUCUUAAAGAAUAA